AUGGGAGGCGGUGGAAAAGGAGGUAACGGCGGCGGAGGAGGGGCUAAAAGUGGUGGUUCUGGAGGAGGCUCUGGCAAGGGCGGAGGCACUGCUACUGGUGGAGGAGCCAAAGGUGGUGGCGGUAGCGGCGGCGGUGGCACCACCACCAAGGGGAGUGGCGGAGGUGAGCGUGUGCCCGGUAUGAUGGUUGCUCCCGGCGGAGGAGGAGAGCAAAUUCCCAGGGAUGCUUUUGAAAGUAACCCUAAGGCCUACUUUGCUGGUCUGCAUGCCGGUCAGAAGGAUGGGUGA